UCCUAAUGGCGUCCUUCGUCUCCGGCCUCCUCUUCCUCUCGGUGCUGGUGGGCGGGAUCACAGCAGCCGUCAGUCAGUCUGAGCCGUCAGAGCCUGUAUGUUAUGACUGGGGGGAGUCCCGUGAGGGGGAGCCAGUCUCGAUCCUGGAGGGUGAGGCCGGCUGGCUCUCCUGUCCUCUUUUCUUUCAUCCCUCCGUCUAUAACUACACGUCCACCCAGAGCGCCGGACACAACCUGGUCUGGUACCGCGUCCCUGAGGGUCAGCACCUGGAGCAGCCAAUCCCCUACAACAGGAAGUUCAACAGCUCGGGGCUCAGCAGAGACAGAGACAGACUGUGGCUGGAGCCGGCCGCCGCCGCCGACACGGGACAGUACAUCUGCAUGCUGCGCAACAAGUCGUCCUGCAGUAAGAUCGCCGUGCGCCUGCAGGUGCUGCGGCCCGACCAGGUGCCCCGCGGCCUGGACUGCGAGCCUCCGGUUGCGGUGAAAAGCAGCGAGGUGAUCAUCCCGUUUCAGGAGGGGAAGGUGCUGGACUGUCCCGACCUGCAGGAGACACGCAAGUUUGCCGACGCAGAGCCGAGCGUCACCUGGUACCACGUGAAACUGGGCGGCUCGCGGUGCGACACGUACCCGUUUUUUAGCAGUAGACGGCAGCAGAAAGGAUCCAGUCUGCACAUUCACAUCAUGGAAGAGUUUUAUCAGGGUUUAUAUUUCUGCAGAGUUGACUUCCAGAGGAGAGGAAAGACCCUCAGCUUCACCCGGAGCCUCAACGUCAGCGCCGUCUCUUCGACUUUUCUGCCCAAACUGCCCAGCAUCCUCCACCCGGGCAAAGACCAGCUCAUCACUGUCAAACGGGACUCGGAGGUGCGUCUCAGGUGCACCGGCCUGUUCCCCUACCUGAACUCUUCACGGGACAUUUGGUGGACGGUUGACGGGAAGACGCUGGACAAAUUGGGCGACCAGCGAUUCUCCAACACCAACAAACUGGUGAAGGACUACUAUGGGGACUGGACCCUGGAGAGCGUGUUGGUCAUCAAGGACUUCCAGUCUGAGGACCUGAACAGGGAGUAUAACUGCUCCGUGAGGAACGAGAAGGGCUUCGAGACCCGCAGAGCUCAGCUGGAGGAGGACGAGCUGCUGCCGGUGGUGGAGCUGGGCUGCGGUCUCGGCGUGACUCUGCUCUUCAUGCUGUUCCUCUUGGUGGUUUAUCACAUCUUCUGGUUGGAGCUGCUGCUGCUCUAUCGCUCCUGGUUCGGCACCGACGAGCGGCACACAGACGAUAAAGAGUACGACGUGUACAUCUCGUAUGCGAGGAACAGCGAGGAGGAGCAGUUUGUUCUGUCGACGCUGCGCAGCGUCCUGGAGAACGAGCUCGGAUACUCGGUGUGCAUCUUUGACAGAGACAGUCUGCCGGGAGGGACCAUCACUGAUGAGACUCUGAGUUUCGUGGCGCGUAGCCGGCGCCUCCUGGUGGUGGUCAGCCCGGGCUACGCCUCCCAGGGCUCCCAGGCCCUGCUGGAGCUGCAGGCCGGCAUCGAUGGCAUGGCGCGGGGCGGACACCUGCGGGUGAUCCUGGUCCAGUACAAGCCGGUGCGGAGGCAGGGCUGGGUCAGGGAGCUGCGGAGGGCCCGCGUGGCCCUGGUUCUGAUCUGCUGGCAGGGGGACAAGUCCAAGGAGCUGACGUCCCGCUUCUGGAAGAGGCUGAGGGUGGAGUUACCUGUGAGGAGGCUCAGCAGCAGGGGGGAGGAGGAGGAGGAGGAGGGCGGUAAGGAGGUGGCCCUGAUGAGGCUGCACAGUCAGAACAGCACCAACUCCCAAACCGGCCUCAUCAGCAACACCGUCAAAGACCCGCAGAAGGUCCUCAAGGCUGCAGCGUAGACCAGAAGGACGGCGGAGACACGCAGAGACACGCAGAGACACGCAGAGCUGCAGACGCAAUGCCUCUGUUCUCUGUUUCUAACCAGGACUCCGUUAACCCUUUAGGGACGCACAAAAUGCGCUUUUCAAAUUUAAAAAAAAUGGAUACAUUAUUAAUAUUCGCUACUUUCAUUUAGGUAAUUUUUAAAACCAACAUCAGUCCUAAAAUAUCUAUUAAUUUCCAGAAUUUUAACCC